UCUACAUUUCUCUCUUUUCGGUUUUCAUUCUCUAUUGCUUUCAAAGCCUACUUUAAGAACAUGGCUGAAGCACUAGUUAGCGUUCUCCUAGAACGUUUGGCUACUAUCACCAUGGAUAAGUUCCUAGGAGAGUUAAAAAUGGUCACUGGAGUUGAGGAAGCAGUCACAACGCUUACCCGCAAUCUCAAAGCAAUUCAAGCUGUGCUCAAGAACGCAGAGGCGAGACAAGCAGUGGAGGCCGACGUUGGACAUUGGCUGAAUGAACUGAAAGAAGUUUCCCACGAGAUGGAUAAUGUGUUGGAUGAGUGGAGCACCCAAGUCCUAAAGCAAAAAAUGGAGGGUGAAAAUGUGAAGAAGGUAUGUUGCCCCUCUUUUUCAUCUUGCUUUAGAUUUGGCCAAGUCAGUCGGUUGAAUAAUCGUCGUGAUAUUGCUGUGAGGAUAAAAAAGCUAGAUGAAAAAUUAGCUUUGAUUGAUAAGGAAAAACAUAGAUUUAACUUUCAAAACAACACAACAAGAGGCCCUAAAAUACCUCGACAAGAAACUACAUGUUUUCCCAGUGAUAAGAUAUUUGGUCGAGAAAAGGAAAAUAACAUUAUACUAAGCAAGUUGCUAAGUGAGAGUAGUCAAGAUUGUGAGGUCCCUCUUAUCAUCCCUAUUGUAGGGAUGGGGGGAAUGGGGAAAACAACUCUUUCCCAACUCGUCUAUAAUGACGAAAAAGUGAAAGCCCAUUUUGAUAAGAGAAUAUGGGUUUGUGUGUCAGACCCUUUUAAUGAGGUCAAGAUUGCUAGAGCUAUUGUCGAAGGUCUAGACAAAGAUAAUACCUCAAAAACUUCAAAUAGCUUGCAAAUUUUGAUGCAAUGUAUACAUACAUUGAUUCAAGGAAAAAAGUUUCUACUUGUCUUAGAUGAUGUGUGGAACCCAGACCACACUCAAUGGGAAGAAUUAGUUAAACCUUUUCGUGAUGGUGCUAUGGGUAGUAGAGUACUAGUGACUACUCGAAAUGAGGAAGUUGCUACUCUGAUGAAAGCAACUGUUCAUGUGAUCCAUAUUAAGCAAUUGAGUGAAGAAUUUUGUUCGUCAUUGUUUUAUUACAAUGCGGGCAUAGACAUAGGUGGUGAGUCUAAAAUGUUACAAGAUGUUGGUGAAAAAAUUGUGAAAAAGUGCGAUGGUUUGCCUCUUGCUGCAAAGACGUUAGGUAGCCUCAUGCGCGAGAAAAAAACAUUUAAAGAGUGGGAAGAUGUUUUAAAUAGUAAGUUGUGGGAGCUUGAAGAUAUUGAAAAACAAGUUUUUCGACCACUAUUAUUGAGUUAUAAUGAUUUGACCCAAGAAAUCAGAAAUUGUCUUUUGUAUUGUGUUAUCUUUCCAAAAGAUUAUGUGUAUGAUAGGGAUAACUUGGUUGAGUUGUGGAUGUCGCAAAAUUAUUUGAAUGUGGAAGGAAGCAAAGAAAUGAAAAGACUUGGUCAAAAGUAUUUUGAUAAAUUAGAAAUGCGAUCUUUUUUCCAAGAAGUUGAGGUGGAUGAAUAUGGGAAAACAAAGUGUAAAAUACAUGAUAUUAUACAUGACUUUAUGUUGUUCAUGACGAAAAAUGAAUUUUUGAUUGUGAAUGUUGGGCAACCUUUCCUCCCGAGUGUAAAUGAAGAGGUUCGUCAUUUGAACGAAAAGAUUCGUCAUUUGACUCUAAUCAAUUUCGAUCAUUCCGACAUUUUGGAUAAUUUUCGCAGCUGUGAAAAUUUGCGUACCCUCGUUGUUUUGGAUUAUAGUCAUGGUUCUGAUUUUUCCAUUGGUCAAAGAGAGAUUGUGCAGUUGAAAUACGUUAGGACAUUAACUUGGUUGAGAACUGGGAUUGAGGCAAUUCCAAAGGAGAUAAGUGGAUUGAUCCAUUUGAGGUAUCUUGAUUUAUCGGAAAACUGGAGGUUGGAGGAAUUACCGGACACCAUGGGUAGCUUAUGCAAUCUGCAAACCUUGCGACUUGUUAAUAGUUAUCGCCUCAAGAGAGUAGAUUUGGGAAGGCUAAUUAACUUGAGGCAUCUUUGUGUCCGCGACUGUGACAAGCUAAAGCUAAAGGGUAUAGAGAGACUAACAAAUCUGCAAACGUUAGAUCAGUUUUAUGUCCAAGCUGGUGAUGAAGGAAACAAGUUGGAACAUCUGAAAAACUUGAACGAGCUUCAAGGACGUCUUACUAUUACAUAUAUGGGAGGAGAGAAAGUGGGAGAGGGAGAUGCAGCGGUCAUUGCUAAUAAGGCAAACCUCCUUCAUUUGGUCCUAGCUGUUGGCUUCGAUGGGCAAUGGGAUCUGAAGGCCCUACAACCACGUUCAAGUUUGGAAUCUUUGAGUAUUGAUAGAUGUAUCUUGUCGACCGAUUGGUGGUCGUCUUUACACAGCUUGAGACUGCUUAAGGUUUCAUUUUGUUACUUUUUGCCUUCUUUAGGAAAUCUGGCAUCCCUUGAAUCAUUGAAUAUUAAGGACAUGUAUGUGAGUAAGGUAGGAGUUGAGUUUUUGGGAAUACAUCAUCAUGAUCAAUCAGAAACUAGUUGGAGGAUGCAAACGUCAUUCCCGAAAUUGAAGCAACUCACCUUCAAUAACAUGUAUGACUGGAAAGAGUGGGAAGGAGUGAAGGAGGAUUCUGACAAGAUGGCAAUAAUAAUGCCAUGCCUUUCUGAGUUGACAAUUUUUAGGUGCGAUAUGCUAAAAGCACUGCCGGAAUUCUUGUGGAAGACACCACUUCAGAAAUUGCACAUCAGCCGAUCUAGAAUUCUCCAGAAACUAUACAAACAAGGAAUAGGUGAGCAGUGGGCCAAGAUUUCUCACAUCCCAACCAUCAAUGUUUAGAUACACCAAGAAGAACCCUGAAGAUUGAAAAGGGAUCAAUGCGUCUGAGGUUCUUUCUCAAAGAAUCCAUCUUCAAGCAGAGACUGUUGCAAGUGAAGAAAGAUUAAUGGAUGUAAAUGUUGGAGAGCACAAGGCCAGGACUCGAGAAUUAAGCAUUCAACUUGUCAAACUGUCAACAAUCUAAAGAUUGAUCCAACAGGGGCUUGCUUUCUCCAAGAUACAGGUAACUGCAAAGCAUUAUGAUUACAACUAUACAUAAGAAAGAUUAAAGUAGGUUAAAGUGUCAACUAUUAAAAAUCAUUCAUCCAUCCACAUAUUACUUAUUUGGAGAUUAGAAAAAGAGCUACAUACUGUGAAAAUUAUAAAUUUUCGCAAAUUUUUUAGAUUUUAAAUUAAAAAAAAAUGUUGGAGAGCAUCCAAAAUCUGCUUUGAGAAUAUAAUGAUGGAUUUUUUUUUUUUUUUACCCAAAAUGAAAUCUUUCUCUAAUAUUUUGUUUUUCUGUAAUCGGAUCCUCCACAUUUGCCAUGAAGCAACAAUUCUUGAUUACAGCCUGAUUGAGCCAAGCAAUGAUCAACCUAGAGUCCACUCUUAGCAGAUCUUGAAUGCCAAUAUUUAACCUCGAGGCUUACAACCUUUGCAUACUAAACAUCACCUCACCCAACAACCACCACACCGCAUUAGGUCUUUACCCUCUCCACUAUCCAAUCCUUUAGAUUUUAAGGCAAUAACGGAGAAAUAGUUGAAAUUAAGGUCUCCUCCCUAAGAUAAAAUCAACAAUCAAAACACAACUUAUAAGAUCGAGACUUUGAGAGUCGAACAAAAUACCAAUCCUCCGUAUAAGUAUCUCCUUAACGACACAAAUUUACACAAUAGAGGCAAAACCUACAUGUAUACACACAUGUGACACAGAGAUAGGUUACUAUCACAAGUUCACAACACGUUAUUAUUCAAAUAUCAGAACAACAUAGUUGGCAAUGUGCAACACUAAAAAUAU